AUGAGUCCUACAGGUCCCAUGUGUUGCUGUGCCACACUUCACUGGCCAUGUGUACUUGGCCUCAUGAUGCUUCGGAUUUCAAUCGAAAUGGUUUUCACUGGCAUUGCCAUGGGCCAAUUCCGGCAGUUUUGGCUGGUUCGACCCUGCAGGUGUUUCAGCAUUGCAGAUGACGAGCAUCCUCAGUGUAAGCCCAUACGGUCGCCCCAGUUCCAGGCGAUUGAAGAGGACCCCAAGCCAAGGGAUGUCCUGGAAGAGAACGAGGCCUUACGCUUGGCGCUGGGUGAAUGUUGGCAACGGCUGCAAGAGCUCGAGGCAGAGCGGGCGGAUUUCAACUCCGAAGGUGUGUUCGAUUUGGUCAACUCCUUGUGCCAUGGGGUCAAAGCAGGCAGGUUUCGCCAUGUUGCAGGUGAAGGCCCAGAGCUCUCCAGCUGUGAACAUGAGCCUUGA